AUGAAUCCGUGGCUGAAGCAGCAGGUUCGGUCCGAGCCUGCAGCGAUGGCCUGGUUGGAGGAGUCCCUGGCACAGGAUGCUCGUGGCGUUCCUGCAGAGCUACUUGCUUCCGAGCCUAACUCUGCUGCCGAGCCUGACUCUGCUGGCUUUGCUUCGGUGUUUGCUGCUAAUGCCAGCAUAAAGCAAGGGUCGGCGUGCUCCCCCCUGGCCUCGGCCGUGGUAAUCCAAGUGACCAGCGAAGCAGAUUUCAUCAAGCGCAGGCUCUACCCUCCCUCCACGACAGUAAUGCUAGAGCUUCAGAACCACGUCACUCUGAAGAGAGGGCUGCUGUUUGGGCCCAAGUAUGCGUGCACGGUGCUGCGAUCGGGAGGCGGGGCCAAAGGGAGGGGGUAUCGGCUGUACGUGCAUCGGGUGGAUGAGCCGAUACUCCGUAUAUGGAACACCAGCAACGUGAUAGUGUACCGUGUCCAGAUGUCACAGCCGUUCCGAGCCUACUCACAGGCAUGCCCCAGGGAGAUCCCAGACGUGGGCACUGACAUCAUCUGCCCUCUCGUCCACGUCUACCGCUCCUACGGCGUUCAGAUCGUUAAA